AUGCUCGGCUUUCGAUAAUUAUCAUCUAAAUACACUCAUUCAGUCAAAAAACUCAUUAUCAACAGCUUCAAUCUAUUUGGAGUUUAACCAAAAUUAACUAUCACUAAAUCUAAAUCAGUAAACACAUUUUUGGGAUCAAUAUUUACAAUUUUAUUAUUGGUCACAAUAAUUACAUUACUUUUAUAUGAUUUAAAUGAAUUCACAUUAAGAGAAUAACCAAAAGUUAUUACAUCUGAAAAUGAACUAGAUAUAAAUAGAGUAUCCUCAAUUUAAUAUCUUAUUAAGGAAUACCCUCUCGAUUAAUCUAAUUUUACAUUAGCCUUGGCUAUCUAUAACAAAGAUUUUAUGCCUAUAGAGCAAAUGGAGAGAUAUUUUACAUUAUCUAUUUAAUUCUGUAAAAAAACAAAAAAUACUAAUCAAAAUAUUACUUAAAAAAAGUAAACAUUUAUUAAAGAUUAGAUAGUUGUACUAAUAUUGAAACAGUCCCAUGUCAAUAAAAUCAUUUUUAGGAUACAGACUUUUAAAAAUACUUUAUUGGAACUAAUCUUAGUAAUCACAUGUGUAUAAAGAAUAAUUAGUUUAAUAUUCAUAAACCAGUAAAUUUUAAAUUCUAUACAUUUAUAGAGUUUUUAAGGAUUAAAAUAAUCAGAUACUUACCAUUAUUUUACAAUUAAAUUAUCUAUUUGUAGAAAUAAUACAGAACAUCAAGAUUGUUUUUCGGAAGAGAAUAUUAAAAUUUAACUCUUUCAAACUUAUUACACUUACUAUCUUACUGAUAAUUUAAUUCAAUUAGAUAAUUCAUAAAAUUUAACCUAAUCAAUAUUAAGAACACAAAAUCUAUAAAUUUUUAAGAAUUAUUAAAGAUAAAUUAAAUAAUAAUAUAUGGUAUUUGAGAAUGUAGUAGAUAAAGCAUUUAUUUAUACAUAAAAAGAAUAUCAUUAUUAUUUAUAAUUAUAAGAGCAGAAGGAAUUACUCAUUUUUGAUCCUUCUGAUAUCUUAAUACAUUAGGAAAUAGAUCUCAAUUUUAAAUAAACAAAACUUGUUAUCUCUUAUUUGAAAGUCUCAACAUUCUUGAGUAAAUUUGGAGGUUAUAUCUUUAUUAUUUAUAUCUUCUUUAAUAUUUUAUUAUUGCCAAUCAAUAGAUUAUUUUAUCUGAUUGAAUUAACUAAUAAAGUCUUUCGUUUGAAAGUACUUCAGAAUGAUUUUAAUAUCUGUUAACAAGAAAAUGAUUAAAUAAUAUAAAAAUCAGCCUAUUUUUAAAAUAUAGAAAGUCCUAAUUCUUAUUGUUUGGCAAAUAUCAACGAAACUCACUUACUUGAAAAUUCUAGAAUUUUUACUUACUUAUUAAAUCUAAAAAAUAGUAUAAAUCUAACUUGGGGUUAAAUAUUAACAAUUUUACUUGGAUGUAGUAAAGAUAAAAAAAAUUAAUUGAAAUAAGCAGAAAUAAGAUUAAAUAAGCAAACUGAUGUAACAUUUUUAAUUAAGAAAUUAAUGGAAUUUGAAAAGUUAAAAUAUCUUCUCCUUAAUGAUGAUCAAUUAAAUUUAUUUAAUAGUGCUUAAAAACCUAUAUUAUUUUUUGAUGAGAAGAAUUAUAAUAAUUAAAAGUAAUAUUUUGAUGAAGAUUCGAAAAUCACAAAAAUUUAAAAGGGUUUUAAGUCCUAUAUUAGCAUUUAAUAAAAAUAAUCAAAAGGAGCCACAGAUUUAAAACUUUUAUCAUUAUUAGAUAGUGAUAUAAUAAAUCUUUAUGAAUAAUUAUAUCGAGAUCUAACUUUUAAAUCAUUUUUUUAAAAUAUAGAUUUAAAAGAGUCAAAAACAUUUAAACCGAAAAAAAAUUCAAGAGAAGCAUCCCCAGAUCAGUAAAUACAUAAACAUGUAAAAUUAUAGACCAAUGCUGAUUAGUGA